AUGGCUAUAACAAAUCAAUAUAAGCGCAGAUAUCACGUUAUUUAACUCCCUUUGUUGAGCAAAUCCAUUGUUGAGGGCGAUAAUACGUCAGGACGUUCGUUGCCUUUUGCUUUCUAUAAUAAGAUUUUAGAUACCACGACGAGUCCAGUGUACGAGAUAGUGUUUACAAUACAGUGUCUAUCCACGUUCGUUGUAAAUUCUGUAACAGUAAGUGCUUGCUGCCUCACCUCUGUCUUCGUGCUGCACGCCUGCGGUCAAUUAAAAAUUCUGAUAUCCUUGCUGGAUAAUCUGAUCAACGAAAGAAACAAAAAGACAGAUUCUUCGCAGCAAAAGUUUGCCAUCAUUGUCGAGCAUCAUUUAAAAGUACUCAGCUUUGUAUCUCAUAUAGAGAAAAUUACGAAUGUAGUUUGCCUUGUGGAAAUAGGAGGGAGCACGUUGCAUAUGUGUCUGUUGGGCUAUUAUUGUAUAUUGGAUUGGAAUCAAAGUGAAAAAGAAGGUAUAGUGGCAUAUGGUAUAAUAUUGAUCUCGGUUACUUUCAACAUCUUUAUAUUUUGUUACAUCGGAGAGAUUCUUUCAGAACAGUGUGGCCAAGUUGGUGAAACUGCCUACAUGACAAAUUGGUACUUGUUACCCGGAAAUACAGCCCUCGAUCUCGUUUUGAUCAUUUUAAGAUCCAGUAUUGUAGUUAAAAUUACUGCUGGAAAAAUGAUUGAACUUUCUCUUUCAACGUUCGGUAAUGUACUUAAAUCCGCAUUAGCAUAUUUAAAUAUACUUCGUACCCUCAUUACAUAA